AUGGUGAUGCCUCCAUCCCCGUCAUUUUUGUGGAGAGGCAGCGGUUACCUGGCCGGGGGUGGCCCUAAUGGGAAACAUUCUGGACCUGUCCCACAGGAUCGUGUCGCUGUGCCGGGUGCCCUGUGUUUCAGGUACCUCUUCCUCCUGGCGGGAGGGGGCGCACUGGCCGUGGCCGCCAUGGGUGCUUUCGCUGUGCUGGUCUUCGUCCCGGCUCUGGGCGCCGUGGUCCUGAUCCACUCGCUCGGCCCCCGGCACGUCCACAGGCCGACCUUCCUCUUUCAGAUGAGCUGGCAGACGCUGUGCCAUCUGGGACUGCACUACACGGAGUAUUAUCUGCAAGAAUCUCCUUCCACAAGGUUCUGCAUCACUCUUUCUUCCCUCAUGCUCUUGACCCAGAGGGUCACAUCCCUCUCCCUGGACAUUUUUGAGGGCAAAGUGGAGGUGGCAUCGGAAGCUAUAGGAAGCGAGAGUUCUCUGCCUAAGCGUCUGUGGAAGGCACUGCCCUAUUGCAGCUACUUGCUCUUUUUCCCUGCUCUCCUUGGAGGCCCUCUGUGUUCCUUCCAGAGAUUUCAGUCUCGUGUUCAAGGGCCCAGCAGUUGGGAUCCCAGGCACUCUCUCUGGGCUCUGACCUGGCAGGGGCUGCAGAUUCUGGGACUAGAGUGUCUGAAGGUGGUCAUGAGGUGGGCGGUGAGCGUAGGGGCUGGAUUGACUGAUUGUCGGCACCUGCAAUGCGUCUAUAUCAUGUGGUCCAUGGCUGGGCUCUUCAAACUCACCUACUAUUCCCACUGGAUCCUGGAUGAGUCCCUCCUCCAAGCAGCGGGCUUUGGUUCUGGGUUUGGUGGGAGCACCGGUGAGGAAAGUUUUGUCCCUGAUGCAGACAUUUGGAUGCUGGAAACCACCCACAAGCUAUCCCUAUUCACCAGAAAGUGGAACCAGAGCACAGCACAGUGGCUCCGGCGCCUCGUUUUCCAGCAGGGCAGGACCUGGCCCUUGCUGCAGACAUUCGUCUUCUCCGCCUGGUGGCACGGACUCCACCCAGGGCAAGUGUUUGGUUUCCUCUGCUGGGCUGUGAUGGUGAAAGCCGAUUACCUGAUCCACACCUUUGCCAAGGUAUCCAUCAGGUCCCAGCUGAUGUGGCUGCUCUACAGAACUCUCACCUGGGCCCACACACAGCUCAUCAUUGCCUACAUAAUACUGGCUGUGGAGGCCAGGAGUCUCUCCUCUCUCUGGCUGCUGUGUAAUUCUUACAACAGUGUCUUCCCCAUGGUGUACUGUAUUUUGUUUUUUCUAUUAGCAAAGAGAAAGCAUAAAUGUAACUGACAUCUUUCCCCAGCCUUCACCUUAUACACCUAUUGAAACAGACUUUAGAAAGUGCCAGAUGAGGAGUUCCUGUCAUGUGCAGCAGAAACGAAUCCGACUAGGAACCAUGAGGUUGAGGGUUCGAUCCCUGGCCUUGCUCAGUGGGUUAAGGAUCCAGUGUUGCCGUGAGCUGUGGUGUAGGUCACAGAUGUGGCUCGGAUCUGGCGUUGCUCUGGCUCUGGUGUAGGCUGGUGGCUACAGCUCCGAUUCAACUCCUAGCCUGGGAACCUCCAUAUGCCGUGGGUAUGGCCCUAAAAGGACAAAAAGACAGACACACAUACACACAAAAAAGAAAGUGCUAGAUGGUGCCUUGAAGAUGCAUGUGCUUGAGCCUUUCCACAAUAAAAGUGUUUAAGUAUUGAAUGUCAGAGUUACCGUCACGGCUCAGUGGUUAAAGGAUCCGACUUGGAACCAAGAAGUUAAGGGUUCGAUACCUGGCCUCGAUCAGUGGGUUAAGGAUACAGCGUUGCCAUGAGCUGUGGUGUAGGUCACAGACGCAGCCAGCAGCAACAGCUCUGAUUAGACCCUAGCCUGAGAACCUCCAUAUGCCCUGGGAGGGGCCCUAGAAAAGGCAAAAAGACAAAAAUAAAUAAAUAAAUAAAUAAAAGUAUUGAAUGUCUAUA